AUGGAGCUCACUGCACUCGGCGUGGAGGGCACGGAUUUGCUUGUCCACAGGCUCCAAGACUUCUGGCACUCUGCUGCCUUCUCCGACCUCACUGUCAUCACAACAGACAGAACUUUCCAGGUUCACAGGUUCAUGCUCUGCGCAAGGUCUCCUGUCCUCUGUCGUCUCAUUGCAGGUGAAGGCCGAGAGAUUCACCUCACCGGGCAGUACGCUCUCGAAAUGAUGGACGAUCAUCCACGCAUCGUCGAGGCCAUGUUACGCUCUUUCUACGGGCUAUCCUACGACGGUAUCAACAAAGCCACAAACAUGAUGUGCCCUAUGCUAUUCAACAUCAUGGUUUACAAUAUUGCUGCAAAGUACCAAAUUGAGUAUCUCAAGGUUCAAGCCAGACUCAAAUUUACUUGCGCCAUACAAAAUCUUUGGGACUCGGAUGAUUUUCUGGUUGCAAUUUCCCAGGCAUACACCACCACAUCAGCAGAAGAUCGGGAUCUUCGUGUUUUGAUUGUGGCAAUCUGCCAGAAACACAGAAGGGCUCUGCGGGAGAAGCAGGAGUUUGAAAGUUUACUUGCGAAUAUUCCUGGACUUGCCAGUGAUCUUUUGCUUCUUUCGCGCCAAUACAUCUAUCCAACUUUGGCUCUGGAGCCGCGCAUCGUCGAGUCCUAUGUUUGCAUGAAAUGUCUAUCGAAGUGGCAGAUUCAAGUUGGUAUCGUGAAGGACUUUCUUAAAUGCCCUUUCUGUCGCCACGAUGAAGUGCUUCCUUUCUAG